AUGAAUCCUCACCGUUCGCAUCAGCAUCCUGGAUCGGGGACCGUACAGAACAUGGGCGAAGUGAGUGCAGGUGGAGGCGCAGCGAUGGCCCAUCAUCGGUUUGAGACCGACAAGCAGGCCUGGGAGGAAGCGCUCCGCAACUACACCGGGCCCGAUCCGCUCGAUCUGUGGUUCAACUACAUCAGCUGGUACGAGCAGAACCGAUCGUACGAUCGCGUGAACAAUCUGAGACCGAUUCUGGAGAAGUGUCUCUCCCAGUACCAGGACAUGGAGAGUUACAAGCAAGACAUACGGCUCGUGAAGCUGUGGAUGAAAUUUAUCGAUAUGCAAACGGAACCACCCGCCUGGUAUCAGAUGCUGUACAACAAGAAGGUCGGAACGCAGUGUGCCAGCUUCUACAUCGGCUGGGCGCACUACUGUGAUGCGGCGAAAGCAUUCAAACAGGCCGAAUCGAUCUACAAUCUCGGCCUCCAGAUGAACGCCCGGCCAAUGGAAGAGCUGCAGGAAGCACAAAAGAACUUUCGCCUCUCGUUGGCCGGGCGAAUGCUGUACAAUGAUCCGUUGUCAAAGAAGCGGUCGGCAAGUACGUUGGUUGAGCAGAGGCAGCAAAUCAUUUCGCUAAGUCCGCCACAGAAGAGGCUGCGCCACGAAUCUGGAGACUAUCUGCCCCACCAGGAAUCGGAAGGAGCCCCGUCUCAUUACGUGACGCCGACUGCCGGUGCAGAUUGUGUGCAACAAACGCGAUCCUCUGGUUCGUUUGCAAAUCAAGCUAAUUACUAUCAGAAUCAACAUCAGCAGCACCAGCAACGGCUUCCAGCACAGGCUGUUGUUGUUGCUCCGGGCCAGAUACCAAUGGCUCAACCGCAAUCCCAUCAUCCGCUUCAUUCGUCGGCUACAAACGCAGUGGCUGAAUCGACGGAACACUAUCACCACUAUCAGCAGCAGGAAAAGCACAAUGGGACUUACUAUACAACAAACGGGAGUCUUCAUGAAGCUGUACCCACAGCACCUGUAACCCAGCAUUCUUCGCAGCCUCCAUCGCAGCCAGGCUAUCAAUCUCACCCCGUGCCGGAGGAUCCAGCAGCCCGACGGGCGGCAGCAGCGACUGAAGGUGUUCCAGCGAUCGAAUAUACAUCAUCCGAAGAUAGUAUCAUCGAGUGUAAUCUCAACAACUCAGCGUAUGUGAUCAGUUCUUCGCUGAGCUACGUCUACGAUGAUAGUGAUCUGCACCAGUACGGUCUUCCAACGCCGGCGGAGGAUCAGCCGUCGACCUCGCCGGGUGUACAACAAAGUGAACGGCUGGCACCCGUUCCGGCACCGCCCUCGGAUGCCAUUCGAUUGCCGGUGGACUUCGUGCGCGAAGCAUACACGAACCACGAAACGUGGGACGUGCCGCUGUGCCUGGAAGAACCGUACGAUCCGGAGCGUCGCUGCUACUAUCCGAAGCACCUUGUCUAUCCGGAUCUCCACGCCGAGCGACCCACGAUGGAGUUCUCGCUUGAGGAGAUCCGUGCCCGCGGAUGGUACCGCAGACGCCAGGAACAGGACGAGCAGCGGAUGGUGGAGAAAGCGCGAAUGUUGCAGCACGAGAAAGAGAGAAAGAUGCGCCAACUACAGAUGCAACAAUAUGAACAGCAACAAAUCUACCAACAGCGGCAACAACAACAACAACAGCAACAGCAACAGCAACAGCAGCAGCAACAGCAGCAGCAACAGCAACAGCAACAGCAGCAGCAACAGCAGCAACAACAGCAGCAGCAACAGCAGCAACAUCAUCAUCGACAACAGGAAGUGCAUCAUCAGCCACCGGAGCAACAUCGAAUGUAUGGUCAGGAGUAUCAUAACCAUCAGUCGCAGCCGCAGCCGCAGCCGCAGCCGCAGCAGCAGCAGCAGCAACAGCAACAGCAACAGCAACAGCAGCAACACGUCGGUUUUCAGCAUCAAUCACGUCAAGGCUCGAUACAACAUACAAGCAACUUUUAUCACCAGCAGCAACAGCAACCACACAGUCCGUAUCACCAUGGAUACAGCAAUGGUUACCCUGCGACCGCCAGCGCACAGCCGCAGCAUUCGCCCCAUUUGACUCCGACCAACUAUCAUCAGCCGACGGUGAUCCAAAAUCAACAACCGCCAGCGGCUCCGUCGCCAUCGGUGCCGAUGCAUUCACCUUCGCCUAUGCAUUACGCCGCUCCGCAGCAGCAUCAAUACUCUCACACAAACCAUCUACCACACCACUCCCCACAAACGCCGUACUCGCCGCAACAACAGCCGCACGGUCAGUACGAGGCAUAUAAUCACCAAAGUUAUGCUGCUUCGAGGCCUGCUGCGCAUCAUCGGUCUUACCAGACGAUGACGAGCGUACACCCGUAUGAGUCGCACAGCCCCGCGCACCAUAUGCCGCACCAUACGCAACCGCAACAGCAACCGCAGAGACAACAGACGCAUCAUUACGCUAUGCGACCAAUCACACCCCAAUCUCCCUACGCGGUUCCGGCCAGCAUGGAAAUGGUGCCUCAGCCACAGCAAACGCCUAUCUGCAGACCUCCAUUGCCUCCUCCGCAGCAGCAGCACUAUCAUCAUCAUCAGCAGCAGCAGUACAGCCAUCAUCAUGCUUUGCAACAGCCACAGCAGCAGCAGCAACAGCAUCAGCGUCAACAGCAGCUGCCACAACAACAGCCGGCACCAACUGUGCCGGGGUACCUCCAACCUGUGACAGAGACACGAGACACGAAUCAUGUUCAUCACCAGCAGCAUCAUCAUCAUCAUCAUCAGGAGCAGCAACAGCAGUCGCAACCACAGCAUGUACCUCCAACGACCAGCGUUCCCGCAACGCAUCACCCGCAACUGGCCGCUGUUGCUGUGAAUGGCAGUACUGCAUCUUGGCAGCAGCAGCAUACGACAAACAUCAACAACAACGACAGCACCAACGGUGGCAAGUACAGCAACAACUGUGACGACUACGAGGAGCAGAUCGAAGCGUCGACGAUACGCUUUUCUACCUCCACGGAGAACGGGACCAGCAAAAGCAAAACCAUUACGAUCAAGUUCAAAAAGGAGAAGACGGCCCCGGUGCCGAACUCAUACACACUGUCGAGCACCGGUGGUUCACUGAGCGAGGCGGAGCACCGGUCAAAUGGUAGCCAAACGAGUGGCACGGCGGAACCAGCGGCGACUGCCCACAGCGUCGGGGGGGUACCUCCUACGAAGAAACACUCGAAACACACGAAACCUUUGCUGGGGUUGGAGUUGGCAGCAACCGAUGCGGAGGAACUGUCUCCACCGACCGGCAACGGUGGUCAUCAUCGAUCGCGUGUCGGUAAGAGUAAAUCAGGCAGUAAAGCGGCCCGAGGAAAGCAACACUCGAAGAAAGGUUCGAAAGCUGCUACCGGAGACGAUCCCGAUGCUACGCUGUUGCCGGAGUCGAUCCAGGAGACGAACAAUCGCAUCGAUGAUGCUAAUCUGCUUCUUUCGCUGUCGCACUCCGGUGAGAAGGAUGAAGAUUCGUCCGUUUCGCUCCCUUCGCAGCCGAAUUCGCUCAAGCGAACGAAGCCAUCAUCCUCGAAACGAUCCAAGACGAGCCGGAAUGUUGCUGGUGUGAAGCCCAAUCGGCGACACUUUGUGGUGUACGACGACGACGACGACGAGAACGUGGACGGAGACGUUGAGGAUGAGUGUUCGGAGGAAGACGUUCGGAAUGAUGCUACUAUUGAUGACGCUGAUGAUGUAGGAGUGCAGGAUGCUUUCUACGGCGAGGUAGAGGAAGGAAUCAGUGAUGAUGAUGAUGAUGACGACGAUGAGGACGAGUAUUACGCCAUAGAGGAGGAUCACAGUGGUGAAAGUCACCGAACCGUGCGCGGUAAUGGAGCAGUCGACCGGAAACGGCUCGGAAGGCCCGAAGAGGACGAUUCGUCUUACCAAUCGAACUCGGAAUUCAACACGUCCUUUAGCAACAUUUCUUUCGCCGGUGACAACAGUAAUGGUCCGUUUACUUACACCGGCGGUGCUUCGGUUGUUGGUGGAGCCGGAACUGGGGCCGGUGCCGCGGGAGGAGGUAGCGUCUGUUCGACACCGGUUCGUCGUACGCAAACCUCGACUGGUGGUGGCACCGGGGGUUUCUCGAAAACUUCUACCCCGAUCGGUUCGUUCCGCUAUCUGCGAAAGCACGAGUCGAAUCUCUCGAACCUGGGCCAGAACGAGGACUCGAUGAACUCGACGGUGGCCGAGAGUAGCUUCUUCCAGGCAGAAAACGACGAGGAAGCGCAGCGCCGACGGCUCGAGAAGGCCCUCGCCACGAUCGACACUCACCUGGCGAAGGCGUUUCUCGAUCCGUUCAGUAAUGAGCUGUGCCGGGCGUUCCUGACGAAGGUGGACUUUCCGUCACACAGCAAAGCACAACCGGCAGACUAUACCAUCACGGACACGAACCUGCCGAAGUUGAUGAAGGGUCAAUCGGUGCCCCUUGGUGGCACGGUGUACAGCAUCGAGAAAGAGGUUGGCCGCGGUUCGUACGGUUCCGUGUUUCGUGCGGUGAACACCCAGAACGGCGGUGUGGUGGCGAUCAAGUACCAGAAACCGGCCAACACCUGGGAGCUGUACGUCUGCACGGAGGUGAAGAAACGGCUGACCAAUGUUACUGUGCUUCCCGGGUUCAUGGACAUCUGUGCCGCUGUGAUAGCACCGAACGCGAGCGUUCUGGUGUCGGAGUUUUCCCAAUACGGAUCCCUGCUGGACAUCAACAACAAGAUACGAACGGCGACAACGAAAGUUAUGCAUGAGUCCCUUGUAAUGCACUUUAGCAGCCAGAUUCUGUCGAUCGUGGAGCAUCUGCACGCGUGCAACAUUAUCCACGCCGACAUCAAACCGGAUAAUUUUCUUCUGAUGAAAAUACCUUCGCUCGAUCUGGAAGCACCAACGAUCAGACUGAUUGACUUCGGCUGUGCCAUCGAUAUGAACUUUUUCGAACCAAAGCGACAAUUUAAGAAGGUCAUCCAGACGGAUGGAUUCACAUGCAUCGAAAUGCAGGAAGGGCGACCGUGGUCGUUCCAGACCGAUCUCUUCUGCGUGGCCGGCACGAUCCACGUGAUGCUGUUCGGCGAGUACAUGCAGCUGGUGAAGAAGUACGAGUGUGGCUGGGACAUCAAACAGAAACUGCCAAGGUACCUAAAGAAGCACGUAUGGACGGAGGUGUUCCAAAAGUUGCUCAACAUCAAGGACAUCGACCACAUGCCAAACUUGUCCGAGUUGCGCAAACUGAUCGACAACGAAGCAUACAACAUGGAAUCGGAGCUGCUCAAGCACAUUCGCACGCUUUCGAACCUGCUGAAAAGCCGAUAGGGAAACAGGCGAACGUGCAGAAGUUUUGUAAGGCACCUCUACUUCACACUACUACUGCUAGUACUAGCACUAUCGCUACUAACAUUACGAAGAAGUCAUCGAUCAUCGUUCGAUAGGACUUUAGUUAUCGAUAGGCGUUUUUGCGAUGACUGUCGGCGGAGUUUUCGGUCGGUACUAGGUAGCGUAGCACAGUACAAGAUAAGAUUAUAGGACCUAGACCUGUCGUCUUCACAAGGCUUGUACGCCCUACUGUAGAUUCACGCCACGAGAAACGACCUCGUGAUCUUGUAUAGGAUUCUGUUUUGCUCUUAAGAAAAAAAAAACAUUAUAUUCCAAAGAUUAAUUUCGAUUUCCUUACAAAGUCCUUAUUAUGCUCAUUUGUAUUCGUUCUUUCUUGGCAACAUGCUUAGGUGGCCAAUUUGACGAAUUUUUUAUACUGCAAUAUUGCACAGCACGAACUCCAUCGUAGUUUAUUUUAAUGCUAGCGGCAAAGAAAGUGGUUCUAAAUUACAGUGUGCGUCACUGGUUCUGGUUGAAGUAGUCGUUUGAUGACGCACCAUUCACGAACGAGAGCGUGUUGCACAGGUUUUGUUUUGGUUUUUGUGUGUGCAGAACUCUGCUGUUUAUUUGAUGCACCACCAUACGAAAAACCGACAACGGAUAUGAACUCACUCUUCGUAGUGUCUCUAGGUUUCGUGCUAUGAACGGCGCGUGCACGUAAAAGAUGUCCAUGUGUGCAUUGCUAUGGGAAAAUUUAUUUUCAUUAUCUUAAAUUAUACCUUAUUGUAAUUAUUGUAUUCAUUGGCGACCAGAGUAUUGUACAUAACUAAUGCCCGCUAGCAAGAAUCUAUAUAUCGCCGUUGAGCAACUAACAAGUGUGAACGCGAAAGCGAACGUGUGUAAAGACUUGCGAUAGAAUGGCGAAACUAUGAAAAGGGAAAAUGGAAUAACGAAAGGCAAGCUGAAAACCCCGGAGUGGUACCUCGAUUGACUGUGUCUGUCCUUUGCAGAUAGCUAGUUAUCCUGCCACACCUCCGCGUGCGGCGUGUGCAGGCGGCAAAGCCCAUAUAUUUGUGCAAGGGAGGACGAUUCGGAUGGAGAAUCGGUUGAGAGAGAAAUAGAAAAGAGUGACAACGUUGUGUAGUGUAACACAAAACAAAAGUUAUAUAAAGUCGUCAAAUCGAGCGGCGAAAUAAAUGGAAA